AUCAAUCUUACCCUGACCUCUACGCCGCGCGUGCAGCCGCGUACGUACAUACGGAUGAUGACACUCAGUACUCAAGUACUCAGGACGCGCCGUCUGGCUUUCCGCCUUCUGCACCGAACUUCACUGGUCGUUCACUCUCAUGGCUCCUGGUGCUGGAGGAGAUAUCCUCGAAGAUGGGUUCCUGGUGCAGUGGAAGGGCACCAACCCGGCGACCGGUGAGGCGUGGAAUCCAGUUUGGGUGUCGCGGGACAGCUGUCCUGCAGACAUGAUAGCAAAAUGGGAGUCGUCAAAAGUGGGAGACGCAGAUCGUGUCAGUGAGACCCUCGGUGCGCCUUCCUCAUUUCAUGCAACCGAACUUACAGCAUUGACUCGCGACUCAGCAGAGGCCACGGUGAACACCCUCAAACGGUCUGCCUCCCCAGUCACGGCGACAAUUCCAGACUUGCCGAUCGAUCGCGACGUCGAGUCUUGCAAGAAAAAGCCGAAAUUAGAGAAGCAGACUGGCUCAGCAAAGGGACGGUCCACCUAUACUGGCUUUCGGCCGUUCUACCAGAAGCCUAAACCCAAGCCAGUCCAACGUAAAGUGGUGAGAAUGUCUGCUUAAGACUCACUGAAGUAGCAAGGCAUCAUGAGCUCACAUUCAAAGAAGACCGCAGACAAGCCGGUGGACCCUCCACCCAAAGAUACGGCCACAGUUCAAGACAGCGGUGCGUAAUACUUCAGACAU